CGUCUUUCUCACUCUCACUCUCGUUCUCACGACUCUCUCCCUCCCUCUCGCCCAUCCCCAUCUCUACUCCCCAUCGCUCGCACUCCCACAAUCCUCAUCAACGCCCUCCCCUCCACACUCACCACACUCCUCCCCUACGCCCCAACACACACACACCGAUCGAGAUGGCGGCUGAGGGCAAACCUCUGCCUCCACACCCACUUGAGACUGAUACCCAUCCAAGCCAUGGAGCGCCCACGUCAGAUCAUCUCACCCCCAACUCGACACCCAAUGUCGCGACACAGCCCUCGACCAAUGCCGCUCUCUACAACUUCCGCCUUCUAGAGGCACUCCGGUCAGGUAACGUUGCCGAAGUGCAGCCAUAUCUCGAUGAGCUCAAGUCUGCGCCAGAAGGCAGUGCCGGGCGCAUCCUCGGGAUGGCUGUGCGUGUGGCAUCUGUCCCCGUCAUCAAGCACAUUCUCAGCUCGCCCAAUUUCCCAUCCCCAAACCUCCCCGUCAACCCACCCUCCCUUACGACACCUCUCCAUAUUGCGAGCGAUAUCGGCCGCGCAGAGGUCGUCGAACUUCUACUAGACGAUCCCCGCGUCGACGACACGAUCCGUGACGACAAGGGCCGUUCCGCUCUCGAGUGCUCCUCCAAUCCCGAGGUUGCGGCUUUGAUUGAGAACUCGCGCGCCGCACUCCAGUCGCGCUACUUGGUACUCCUUGCCAGCUACGUGUCGAGCCCUCUCUCUUCCGUCGAAGAAGGCACCAACAUGCUCAAUUUCCUCGACAAGCCACGCGCAGAGGCUCUCAACCUUAACGCGCUGGAUGAACGCACCGGCACCAGUCUCCUCCACGAGGCAGCGCGGAGGCGUGACCUCCGCCUUGUCGAGCUCGCAGUCAAGCGUGGUGCCGAUGUGUUUGUCCGUGACCGCCGGGGACGGCGUGUACAAGAGCACGACAAGGGCGCAGAUGAGCGCAUCAAGACGUAUCUCCGCCAGUUCACUAACCAGGAAACCAUGGUGCAGAACAAGAGUGACGGUCGUCCGCCCGACCUCAAAGGGUUCUUGAGCAAGUGGGUCAAUUACAGAUCCGGUUGGAAGACUCGUUGGUUUGUCCUCGAGAAUGGCGUCUUCAGCUAUUACCGCAACAGGGAGGAUGAGCAAGUGGCUUGCCGCGGAUCUAUCGCACUUGCCACCGCACGCAUCAGCCCUGCUCCGGACGGCACUCGGUUCGAGGUCAGCUCCAAGGUGACAACGUCGGUACCGAAGAUUCUUGUCAAGUCGAAUCUGCGAGGCGAAAUUGCCCGCUGGGCACAGGCAAUCCGCCUCAACAUCGAGUUCUACAGCAAGGACAGGCAGCACCCGCAGCGCAUUGGGUCAAAUGUCGGUGCCGACCGCUCCGACGCUCGUUCGACGAAGUCCAGCAUCGCCCCAUCACAGUUUAAUGGCGGACCUACCGCAUCCAGCAGCCGGGGUAUUGGUGCGGCCCUCAGCGAGCUCCCUGCUUCGGACCAGUUCCUGCAUCCCAGCCUGAAGCGUUCCCCAACGACUCUCAGUGGCAUUAGCACCAAAUCGGAAGUUGGCACCAAGGUCCGCGACUCCGAGGUUCCGCCAGUGCCCCCACUGCCCGACCGUGCGCGCAGCUUCGCUCCCUCGUCGAGGAAGAGAGACACUUCACCCGGUGGCAACACCACUGCCAGCGAACUCGAUAAGGACGAUUCCGACAAGGACACAGAGGAUGGCACGUCAGGCAACGAGGUCGUCCCGCACGAGUCCGAGUUUGAGCUCAGCAUGCUCAACCUCACGGCUCAACUCGAGCUUACUCAGCAGCUUGUUGACUCGGUCGUGGUCUCUCCCGACCUUCCGGACAGAUCGUCGGUUCAUGGGAGCUCUUCCCCUUCCCGACAGCGCCAGGUCAAAGAAGCCCUUCGCCAGUCCAUUGCCACCGUCAGCCAGCUCGUACAGAGACAGUACGCCAUGAACCAAGACCGCGAGCGAUUUUUCCAGAACCGCAUCAAGCGCGAGGUGCAGACCCGCAAGCUUUGGGAGGAAAACCUUCUCGCAGUCGCCGAGCAGCAGGCCGAGACGGACCGACAGCUCAACGAGGCCGCUAAGGACAACGAGAAGAAACGUCGCGCUCUCCGGCAGGCUCGCUCUGUCCUCGCCGAGCUCAGCCUCAGCCAGCCCGCCUCUCCCGGAAUGGAUGGCAGGGAUCCCGAGCCCAUUCUCGGCGGGGCACUCACGUCCCCUCCUGCGCCCCACGACAACAGCGGCGAGUUUGCGCCGUCGUUCGCUCUUCCACCGGCCCAGGAGGCGGCGGCGGUCAGCCCAAACCUUCGCGGGUCAUUGUCGAGAAGGUCGAUAUCCAAUAGGGCGUCAAUGUCGCUUGGUCGCAGGGCCUCCAUUGGGCAAUACAACCGCUCCUCGAUCUCGCGUCGCCAGUCCAUCUCGCUCCACGACAUUGACCAUGUGGUGGCCGCGAUUGAUGACUCGGAAGAUGACGAUGACGAGUUCUUUGAUGCAAUUGAGACGGGCACUCUCCCUAACCUCAAGACUUUCGACACUAUCUCCAACCCCCAGGGUCCUGGGUCUCGUCCGGCCACACCAAUCCACUCCCCACCUGCAACGGAAGUCAAGGAGGCUCCUCUCGGUCAGGUCCUCGCUGUCCGCCAGGCGAAGAAAGGAACGGUGGAGGCAUAUCUCACUCGCAAGAGCUUGGAGCCGUAUAACCACGUACGCCACCGCCUCCCCAUCGACGACGACAAGCGUCCCUCGGUUUCGCUGUGGAGCAUUCUCAAAUCAUCGAUCGGCAAGGAUCUCACCAAGAUCUCUUUCCCAGUUAACUUCAACGAGUGCACGUCAAUGCUGCAGCGUAUGGCCGAAGACAUGGAGUACGACGCGUGCCUCACUGUCGCCGCCGAGGAACGGGACUCGCUGAAGCGAAUUGCUUUCGUCGCCGCGUUUGCGAUGUCCAACUAUUCCUCGACGAUUGGUCGUAUCGCAAAGCCCUUCAACCCCAUGCUGUCCCAGAGCUUCGAGUACGCCAUCCCCAACCGCUACCGCUACAUCUCGGAGCAGGUGUCACACCAUCCUCCCAUCUCGGCGUGCUACUCUGAGGCACCGACGUGGCGGUACUACGGUGAGGUCGACGCAAAGAACAAGUUCCAGGGUCGCUACUUCGAGAUCCGACCCACCGGUGUUGCGCACGCCGAGCUUAUCAUUCCCCAGGAAUGGGUCCGUCCCGAGGAUAAGUACCCACCUGCUGGCGAGGAGUACCCGGCGGGCAAGGUUGUCGAGCACUACUCGUGGAAAAAGGUCAUUACGAAUGUGUCCAACUUCAUCAUGGGCAACCCGAUCAUCGACCACUAUGGCGACAUGACCGUCACCAACCACCGCACGGGCGAGACCUGCGUGCUGACCUUUAAGCCGCGCACGUGGCGUGGGAAGGACGCGUUCGAAAUCAAGGGCAGCGUGCACGACCGAAAGGGCAACCUGGCGUGGGAGAUUGCUGGUCGCUGGGACUCGCAGCUCAUUGCGCGUCGCGCGGGCGUUGGCUCUGCGCCGUUGGAGGUCGACGAAACCGUGUCCGAGGACCCAGAGUACAUGCAGCUCUGGAAGAACACGCAGAAGCCUAAGGCACCGUUCAACCUCACCCCGUACGCGAUGACGCUCAACGACAUCCCGAAGGGUCUCGAGGAGUAUCUGGCACCGACCGACUGCCGUCUGCGAACGGACCAGCGCGCAUUCGAGAAUGCCGAGUAUGAUCGGGCACAGGCGCUCAAGACUGCCAACGAGGAGAAGCAGCGUGAGACGCGCCGCUUGCGCGCGGAGGGCCGCCUGCCGCAGCACGAGCCGCGGUGGUUUAAGGCUGUCACAGACCAGGACACUGGCGAGCGCCUGUGGGAGCCUAAGCGCGCCGAGGACGGCGAGGUGCUCUUCUGGCACGAGCGCGAGGAGCAGGGUUCGAAGCCUCCCGGUCAAAAGUGGCCAGAGGUCGACCACAUCUUUGUCGACGACGCUCAAUAGAGUAUUGGUGUUUUAAUAUGACCAUGUCACACUUCCAUAAACGAU